GACAGGGAGGAGGAUGUCAAAACCUUAUCUCCGCGGAUGACCUUGACUUCAUGAGAUAAAGAAGAUUCACAGAGGGAAAGGCUUAGGGCGACAGGUUUUAUUCAUGAAAAGGGCAAUCGCGAAGGGAUAUCAGCUGGGUGGAACUGGACCCUAAAACUGAAAUCUGGAGCCAAAUGAGAAGCUAAGAGGUAACAAUGGCUGAAGUGUUUGGGGGCUCCUCAUCAUGGGCUCUCCCUGCCGAGAUACUGGAGAUGGUGCUGGCACAGCUGCCCCUGCCAGCUCUGCUUACAGUACACUCUACAGUGUGCCACUACUGGUCAGGGAUUAUUAUGAAUCCAGCAUUCAUCCCUUGGAAAAAGAUAUACCACCGGCUGAAACAGGCCCCAGCGAGCCUCUCAUCGGCUUUUCUGCUCUCCCCAUCAAGGGCUGAGGAGUUGGUUCAGACUCAAGACAUUGUGAAAGAGCUCUGUGUUCAGCACCACAUCACAUCGUUAGAAGACUGUCUUAUUAGCAUCAUUAGGUUGAUGGGAAACUCUCAUGGAAUUCCGUUCGAGUCAAAAGCAACCAUCGACGUCCUCAAGAGACAUCCCCUGUAUAAAUUAGCUGUCGCCGCUUUGGACUUCCACGGGCAAGACCUUAUCCCUGAGCGCCGCAACGUGUGGCACAUCGUCUCCAUGAUUGUAGUUCUUGCAAAGGAUAUGUGGCAAGUUGAUGCACUCCUGCAGCUUUUGCUUUCUCGAGGUUCGGUCUUCACUCCUAGAGAUAUUACCGAAGCCUUUUAUUGCAUGUCCACAUUCUUCCUCCACUGCACUAGGGAAUACGAGCUCCCCACAAGGUACCAUUACAUAGUCAACUAUGCCUUGUAUCUGUAUGAGAAUCGGUGGACUCUGACUCCUGCGGACGACCCUGGGAGGCUAAAACAGAGUCAUUGUGGCCAGCAAUCCUUGCAAAAGUUCAUGAGUUACAAGCCAAAAGUACAACAUACUCAUGAACAGAUGAGAAUUAUAAACCAUGAUAUUAAGCCAGAUCAUAUUGUGAAAAUCGUAGCCUUUGCUGGGACUGGCAAAACCACCACCUUACUCCAGAUGUGCCAACAACGUCCACACCAGAAGUUCUUGCUUGUGGUCUACAAUAAAUCGGUAGAGGAACACUGCUCCAAGAGUUUUCCUACUAAUGUGAAAGUUAGGACAGCUCAUGCCAUGGCUUUCGCAAAUGUUGGCAGAAGGUUUUUAAGUAUCCGUAGACUAGAUGGGAACCUGAGCAGUAGCAAAAUUUCCGAGUUUUUGGAACAAAAGGAAGGUGCUGGCAAUAGGUUCAGACGUGCUGCCCUUGUUAAAAACACCAUUGAAAUCUUUCUGAAUUCUCAUGAUGACAUUCUCACUCUGCAACAUGUGCCUGUGAAGGACAAAGACCAGAAUGAUAUCGAAGAUGACUAUAGACUGAAGAUACUUUUGUCUGAUGCAGAAGCAGUAUGGAAAGAAAUGAAGCAGUGUUCCCCAACACAGAAGAUAGCCAUGUCACAAGAUGGUCAGCUGAAGUGUUGGCAGUUGAGCAAACCGAGACUUCAAGGGUAUGAUGUUAUCAUGAUUGACGAGGGCCAGGACAUGAACACAGCCAUGUUUGAUAUUUUUCUCAGACAGAAAUGUGCCAAAGUAAUUGUUGGUGAUCCUCAUCAACAGAUUUACUCCUUCAGAGGGGCAGUUAAUGCUCUUCAGAUGGUUCCAGCCACACACACAUAUUACCUCACACAGUCCUUUAGAUUUGGGCCUGAAAUAUCAUAUGUAGCAAAUUGUUCAUUAGAGGUUCUCAAGAAUGUGCAAAAGCAGACACUUGUUGGUGGCAGAAAGCAAGACUUUGUGUAUGUCAGCAGCAAGAGUGAGCCAGUUACUUCAUCUGGUAAAAAACUUAGUACAGCCUACUUGGCAAGGAUGAAUCUUACCAUAUACAAACUUUCCAUUUCUAUGUGUCUUGAUGACAAGUAUUCUCAUAUGUCCAUGAGCUUUGCUGGAGGAUUAGCCAAGUAUGGGUUUGAUACAGUCUUAGAUAUAUACAAACUUUGGCAAAUUCAACAAGGAUUUGGAACAGCAGAAUCGUUGGGCAUCAAAAACAAGCUUAUUGCAAAAUUCAAAUCUGUUUUUAGUCUUAGAAAAUUUGCUGACAACAUCGAUGACCAUGAUUUGUCCAACAAGAUCAGAAUGUUUGAUUACAGCGGAACCAAAACUCCCUAUCACCUCCAGCUGUUGAACAGAAGAUGUAAUGGAGAACCAUCGAGGUCUGAUAUUGUUUUUAGCACAAUUCACAAAUCUAAAGGACUGGAGUUCGACUGGGUCAUUAUGUUAGAUGAUCUCGUUCCUGUGAACUUGCCAUAUCAAAAUAUGAAAUAUGAAGGAGAUGAACACAACUUAAUGUAUGUGGCAGUCACACGAGCAAAAUUGUGGCUAACUAUUAACUCUGCAGUCUUGUACACCUUAACUGCAGCUAGAGAAAAAUUUGAAGUAAUAACAGGAAGGCAGGAGGUUGAUCCAAAUCACAAAUGCACCCAGUGUGGGGAGAAGGACAUUGCCAACUCAAAAACCCCUCUAGUAACAAAGGUUAUAACUGUCCCAAUAGGUAACCAGGGAGAAAGAUUUAGAGGUGGCUAUCUCUGUGAAAACUGCACCACCUUCAAUAAAUAUGUCCCACCGAUGACAAUUGGGCAUGAAUAUGGCAUUAUUAAACUAUUGAAGGACAGCUCCAGAUUAUGUAGACGAACUCUGCUGACAGGGAAAAAGGAAUUCAAUGACACGCCAGAAAAUAGACACAUGCAUUUGGGAUGGCAACAGUAUCACAGUCAUUCUGAAGCAGAUUCAAACACUGACGAAGAAUUCCCAGAUGACAUUGACUUCGAGGACCCAGCUCUCCUUGUUUUAGAGGAGGAGGCAGUACAGAUAGAGCAAGAGGACAACAAUGAGGUGGUUCCAAGAAGAGCUAUAGAGCCUGAAGUUAUUCAGAUUGAUGAUAGAGAGCCUGAAGUUAUUCAGAUUGAUUAAUUUUGCUUUUGUGAAAGGAAAAUUUGUUCUGUGAUUUAUUGAAAGGAACCAAUGAAUAGUGGUGAUAGCAGAUGUAUUUUUAUAUGAAUUUUGUAUUUUUAGAAAUAGUGUUAAAUGCAAUAUUGAUUCCAGAUAGAGAUUUGCGCUAGUUUUUUAGAUGCUAAGAGCCUUGUCUACCAGAUGAAGAAAUUGGCAAGGAUCCAGUUACAGGAGGAAAAACAGUAUUUCAAAACAUAUUUAAAAGUAGUGAAAGAUUUUUUUUUAUUUUCUGCCAAAAAAAAUCUAUAUGUACAGCUCUAGCAAGCUGGUCUACUGCUCUUUAUGCCUGGUAAUUGUGGCAGGUAUGGACCUGCACUAGCUGUCAGUCUGGCACUAGAACCUUUAAAUAUGUUGCUCACUCCCAGAAAAAGAGUUAGAGAUUUUAAAAUGUGCCAUGACACUUUCCCAAAUUAUCUCUAAUUGAAAAGAUAAAAUUUCAUUAUCAGUUCACAGUAAUUGCAGCCUCCACCAAUUUAACCCAAUCACCACAUAUUAUAUAAUAUCCCUGUAGUUUCUUGUGAACUUUGUAACAUACAGAUGGCUCCACAUGUUCUCAGCCAGCAAAAAGUCUACUGACCGAUCCUGAUUUCCUCAUUCCUUGAACUGCUGGGAAAAUGUGUCUUUCUCAUACUGAUGAUACCAAUACUGUUAUUUUUCUUAUUGAUUUUAUGAUUCUUAAAUUGUUAUUAAAAUCUUGGUAAUAUUAAAGACAAUGAAUAGUACAAAAGACACAGGUGAGAUAUAGGACUGAUAACUGACUCCUUGGUGACUAAGCACUUGUAGAGCCAUCUAUGUGUAAAGACAAUAAAUGAACUUAUAUUACAGUCGGCAUGGCACAUAAUGACAGAGAUCACUACAUUUGGUUCAUCCCAGUGACAAGCAACACCUGAUCCAGUUCCAUACCUAUCAGUGUUACCAAAAGCGGAGAUUUACAACUAAUGGAUCAGUGGUGGUUUUAUCUGAUAUGUUUAGGAAUGUACACCUUAUCCCUGAGCUGGUGGGUUUAAUAAUCUCUGUUGAAUUGGGUAUAGAAGGAGGAUUAGGUGGGAAAAAGUAGCCGCACAGACAUAGCAAAAUAGAAUAGGGUUUCCAGGUUUCAAAAGCCAAGGCUGUAUUGAGGUGAUGUUGCUUUAAAGUGUAAUUUAUUAAUAUGCUCAGUCAAAGUGGCUCUAAUUUUGGGGGCUGAUUUUUAAAAAGUGAUCUCCAGGCAGGGCUGUGUUGUCUCUUCACAUCAUUUGUUACUUAUUCUUGUAAGAUAUUUUAUAUAUAGCUUAAAUAAUGUAUUGUUACUUUUUAUGGUGUUACUUUUUUUAUGGAGUUACUUUUAAAGUCAUCCAUAUGCAUGUUUUGUCAAACAUUUUAGAAAGAUAAUUGUUUCAAUGUAACAUCCUUAUUAAAAUCUUCACUGCAGUUAUCCCUAUAAUGACAGUGCCAGAAAUUUCUGUGCCACUCAUUCCGGUGACUUCUGGCAACUGUCUAGCCUUUUGGCAGGGGAGUAUAGCUGAACUCCCUGCUCGACUUGCUUUAUUUAGCGAGUCGUGAUGCCUGUAGCCACAUCCAUCAUGAUGAGUUGGUUUUUCAUGAUGCGAUGUUAAACAGUGUAUUGUGUUUUAUACUUUUAUAGGAAAACUCACAAAGACCACUGUGAAUAAUUAUUGUAUAGACAAUUUGAAAAAUUGUUGAACUUUAUCUUUCGGGAUUCAUAAAUAUGCACAUAUA